AUGUCUGCUUCUAAGCUCAUCGGCCCUCCAGAAAUCCAUCACCCCAGGCCACCAUUGGCCGUCGCCACCACCACCAUUGGUGGCGGUGAAGCCAGCAACACGACCACCAGCCCACCAAUGGGCUUCACCGAAAACAAAUCUUUAACCUACCUAUCGAGUGGUAAUCCUUGUUUAGAUUUCUUCUUCCACAUAGUCCCCAAAACACCAUCCGAAGAUCUCACCGAGCGUCUCUUACUCUCAUGGAAGCACAACCCAUUAACAACCCUGAAGCUUAUAUGCAAUCUGAGAGGUGUUCGAGGUACCGGAAAGUCCGAUAAGGAAAAUUUCUACAGUGCUGCACUUUGGCUUCACAAACACCAUCCCAAAACCCUAGCCUGCAAUCUUGACAUUUUUGCCGAUUUUGGGUAUUUCAAGGAUUUGCCUGAAAUUCUUUUUCGAAUUUUUGAAAGCCCUGAUGUUCGGACCAUUGCGAAGAGUGAAUGGGACAGUAAAAAGAAGGGUAAAGGAGGGAGUAGAGGUUUGUGUUUUCUUGGGAAGAAGAGAGUCCAUGGAGCGAAAUCUAGAAAGGGACAUAAAAAGAAGGUAGAGAAGAAGAGGAGUUUGAGGGCUAGAAUACCGAGAGACCAAAGGGUGGAGGCAAAUAUGGAGAAAGUGAAGGAGGAGAGAGAGAAAGCUAGAGAUCUGAGGGAGAAAACAGAGGUUGCCCAGGCCGAAAAGGCCUUCGAAAGGUACAGUCGGGACACAGAUUACAGAUUCUUGCAUGAUCAGAUUUCAAAUCUUUUUGCCGAGCGUUUGAAAUCUGGCAUUCAGUAUUUGAAUCCCGGUGAGACUAAAAAAAUCAGUCUUGCGGCAAAAUGGUGUCCAACGAUUGAAUCAUCUUAUGAUAAGUCCAUUUUGAUCUGCGAAAACAUUGCUAGAAGGUUGUUUUCCCGGGAGGACUAUAUCGAAUACCAAGAAAUUGAAGAGGCACAUUAUGCUUAUAGGGUUAGAGAUAGAUUAAGGAAGGAAGUUCUAGUUCCUCUUCAUAAGGUUUUGGAGCUACCAGAGGUGCAUAUGAGUGCUAAACUAUGGGAGACAAUUCCAUACAACCGUGUUGCUUCAGUGGCGAUGAAGAAUUACAAAGAAAUCUUUUUACGCCAUGACAACCAGAGGUUUAAGGAGUAUCUUGACAAUGUGAAGUGUGGUAAGGCUACAAUUGCUGCCGGAGCAUUGCUUCCCCACGAGAUUAUCGCGUCCUCGAAGGAUGGAGAUGGUGGACAAGUUGCAGAGCUUCAAUGGGCAAGAAUGGUGGACGACCUGAAAAAGAAAGGGACGUUGAGAAAUUGCAUUGCUGUGUGUGAUGUUUCGGGGAACAUGUCUGGGACGCCAAUGGAGGUUUUUGUAGCAUUGGGGUUGUUGAUUUCAGAGCUAAGUGAGGAACCAUGGAAGGGAAAAGUGAUUACAUUCAGGUAA